UAGUGAGGAGGAAGCCACUGGUUUCUCUUCGUGCCAGACUUGCUCGUGCUGCCAACUGUGCCGAAUUGCUGUUCUAACGCCCAGUGGAGGCCAGGCUGGGAACUCAUCAGGGAACUUUGAUGGAAUCACCGCAGACUUUUACCUACCCUUUUUACCAGAUUCCCCAGGAUUUUGCUUCUUCAAAUGCGAUGACUCAGCAGCUCCAGGAUGAAUUUGACAGCAGCGUGGAGAAUGCAGAAGCUUGGAUGAAGGCCAUCCAAGAGAGACUGAGGAUCAAUGACAACACCAAAGGACCUCGAUCUGCCCUGGAAGCCAGACUGAGAGAGACUGAGAAAAUACGUGCACUGGAACCAGAAGGCAGCUUGAAAAUGGACUUGAUUCUUGUGAAGGCAGAUGCUGCUCUUCGCAGCAUCAGUGAGGAUAAGAAGCAUGAGGUGCUCUCUAAACUAAAAGACAUUAAAGCCCUGUGGGAAGAGACAGCCAUAUACAUUACUCAUUGUCACAGCCGCAUUGAGUGGGUCUGGCUGCACUGGAGCGAGUACCUGAAAGCCCAAGAUGAGUUUUACACGUGGAUUCACAACAUGAGGGUGACCUUGGAGCCCGACAUUGAGUUGCAGCUUGGCUUGAAGGAGAAGCAGUGGCAGCUGAGCCAUGCUCAGGUUUUGCAGAAUGAUGUCCUAAAUCAGUCAGUCCUGCUGGAAAGGCUGCUGGAGGAAGCUGCUUCGUUGUUCAGCAGGAUAGGUGACCCCAGCGUUGAUGAGGAUGCUCAGAAGAAAAUGAAGGUGGAAUAUGAAGGAAUCAAACAAGAAGCUCAGAACAGAGUGAAACUGCUUGAAAUGAUAACCAAGGAACAUGAGCAGUACAGCACCAGUGUCAACCAGUUCCAAUCGUGGCUGAAUGGUGUCACAGAGAGAUUAAACUGCUGCAUUGGAGAAGCAACCAAGUCUUCAGCAGAGGACAAGCUGAAGGCACUGAAGGAAAUUGCAAAAGACAUUAGGAGUGGUUUAAAGAAAUGGAAGCACCUUGAAAAUCAGUGUGCAGAAGUGAUUCAGAAUACCUCUCCACUUGGAUCUGCAAGACUGAAGGAUGAGCUUGAAGAGCUAAGAAAAGCCUUGGAGAAGUUGAAACUGUUAAGUAGUGAGGAGGAGGAGAGAUUGCUCAAGAUCCAGGAGUCUGAAAGUGCCUAUGAGUCCCAAGCCAGACAAUUAGAAGCAGACAUCCAAAAGCUGAGAAAAGAUCUGCAGAGACUAGAAAAUGAUCUGGACCCUGGGGAAGGGGAAAAGUCUGAAGAUGAGUUUGUAACUCUGUGGAGAAAAUGCAAUGCAACAAGAGCAGCUCUGGCUGCAGAAGAGUCAAAGAUUGAGAGGCUGAAGGCUCAGCUUAAGGAACUGCUACGGUUUUCCCAAGAUGUGCAGCCACACGCUGAGAGUGUUGUCUCUGCAAUACACCAGUAUCAAAGUGUUAGAGGCAAGACUUCUAAAAUGAGCACUGAUGCAGAAACCCAACUGACGAGACUCAUCCAAAAUCCCCUGCAAAGUUUUGAACAGUGGAAGCCAUCGGUCCAGAUGCUCCUGGAGGCUCCGGAGCCAGAACUGGCUCACGUUGAGGCUGCUCUAGCUGAAAGCUCCCAGUUCAAAGAGAAGUUUAUGACAUUACAGCUAAAGAAAGAUAUGCUAAACAAUGUUCUUGGUGAGGAAAGAGCAGAGUCUUUCCUUCAAGAAGUAGCUGAAGCUUCAAAGGAAAGAGAAAUUCUACACAAAAGUCUGCUGCAAAGCAAGAGCAAACUCCAGAAUUUGUUACUGCAACAUAAGAACUUUGAUGCUGGCUUUGCGCCAUUGCAGAAGAAAUUAUCUGCCAUCAAAGCCAAAUUAGAGCUGGAGAAGGAACCACAGCCUGAUCUCUUGGGUAAAAAGACACAACUCCAGAGACUCCAGAUGAUCCAAGAUGACUUGGCAGAGCUUGCAAUUCUCAUGGAGGAGGUAGAGAAGCUUGUUCAGUCAAAUACCACACACAGGCACGAACUGAACCAACUUUCAUCUGACUCUCAGGCCCUGAAGAGAUCACUGGAGAUGAUGAUACAGCAGAGUGAAGACCACGUUCAAAAGCAUUGGGUGUAUAAUGACAAACUGUCUGACCUCCAGCAGUGGAUGUCAGUAACCAAGGAGAAGAUUGACUCCUGCCAGGAUGCUGAUGGAGAGCAGAACACUGAGGGCAGGCUGGAAGAUCUGGAGAGAUUGCUAGCUGAGUUUCCAGAUAAGGAGAUCCAGCUGCACCUUGUGGAAGCUCAUGGCCAGCUGGUCAUGGAAAAUUCUUCUCCAGAGGAGACUGCCCAUGUUCAGGCAGAGCUGGAUCAGCUGAAGGAGUCAUGGAAAUCACUGAAGGAGAUGGCAACUGGCCUCCUCAAAAAGUGGCAGUCAAACAGACCAGUGGCUGACAAGAAGAAGAAAAGAGCAUUUGUGGACAGCAGAUGGAGGUCUAAGCCUGCUUUCCACCUUUCUGAUGUCGCUCCCAGCCAUAAGCAGGAGAAGAUGGGAGAAGGGCAAAGUACAAGCAGCCACUUGAAGCUCCUACAUGACUUUGAAGAGUGGCUACGAGGAGAAAACACCAAACUGACCAAAAUUCUUGCUGGGACUCCAUCUUCUGCAGAGGAGAUUAAGGCACGCCAGAGCAAACUUGAGGAGCUACAGUCUCGUGUGCCUCAUGGUCAGCAUCUCUUUGAGGACCUCCUUCAUCUCCAUCCUGUCAUUGGGAAUUCUGAAGACCUGGAGGACCUGCGUUACCGAUGGAUGCUCUACAAAUCUAAGCUGAGAGAGUCCCUGAGUUCACCGAGUGCUGGAUCUUUGGAGGAACCAGACAGAUUCAGAAAGAAGCGCUCCGGAGGCGUGUGCUCAUACUUGCAACGCGUGCGCCGAGCAGCACUACCACUGCAACUGCUCCUCCUGCUCCUCCUGCUCCUGGCCUUCCUCCUGCCCCUGGCAGAAGAGACCCACAGCUGCACCCUGGCCAACAACUUCGCUCGUUCCUUCAAGCUGAUGCUGAGAUACGAGGGCCCACCUCCAACAUAACUUCUGGCACGGCACGAGGUGACUGGCAGAAGUGCAGACUCUUUGUUUUUAGUUGCAGCUAUUGUAGAUUUUAGGGCUUCCAACACGGCCAUCGUGUCAACUGGAUAGAUCACAUAAUUGCAACAUAAGAUUAAUCUGCUCUAAUCAGGUAUUUGAGCAAAAUUAAUAUUUUUACAAUUUUUUAAUUAUUGUAUUUAUAACAUGUAUAUAGAGAUUGUGUAUGUAUGUACAUAUCUAUAUAUAAAUGCGUAUCUGUGGUCAAACUAACAGCCAUCAUCUACUCAUCCACUGUUUAAGGAUAAUUCUGCAAUGUUUCUGCCAUCUUUCAGCAAGCAAUACUGAAGGAUGGUGGUGUUGUGGGAUUUUCUGGGUGAUUUUUAACAUCAGAUUCUUGUUUACAACUGAAGUCAGAGCAAGUAUGAGAACAUACGGUCAUGCACCGGAGUGUAGAAUGGAGAGCAGGCAGUAGAAUCGUGUUUGAAUAGCGUGGUUGACAUUCAGCCCAAGGAAGAUUUGGACUAUUCUCUUUGAAAUCUUGAGCUGGUUUUCCAGUAUCUGGAUACAGGGAUUGCAGAAGCUAAUAGAAAUGUCUCUACUGACUUCAGUAGGAGUGGGGGUGGACCUCCUCUUGUUCUUUUUUUUUUUAUCAGUUUUCCAAUUACUGUAUUCUCCAGCCCACCUGAAUCAGGAGAGGUGGAAUACAGUGGGAAGAAAGCUAGGAAAAAAAAAAAAAAAAGAAUAUAUUUUUUUAGCAUCUCUCUAGCAGGAGAACUUUUAAAACCAGGUUGUAAUUUUCUGAACAAAUUUGUGAGCACUGAACAAAACCUUGUAUCACCAAUCUUGUCCAUAAAAAAGAGUGGGUUUUUUGUUAGAUUUUUUGUGUCUGUGGGGUUUUAUGGUUUGGUUUGUUGGGUUUUUUACUUUAUAAAGAGGCAUUUGGUAACAGACUAUAAAGCCUGAACAGUGGGAUGCAGCCUGGCUCAACAUCAGUAAAGCAAAAGUUGGAAGUCUUUUAAUAAUACCACCCUGGAAACAAGAUUCCUACCUAGGGUUCUUUUGUAUUAAUGGUUUAUUGAAAUUAUGUAAAAAGAUUGUAUCAAAGACAGUCAAGCAUAGCUUUUUAUGUAAUCCAAACUGUAACAUUAUUGCAACUUGUAAUCUAUUUACCUAACCCUAUGCCUGAUUUAUCAAAUUUUUGAGUGUACAUUUUAACAUUGUCUUUUAAUGUAAAAGCAAUUCUCACUUCACUCACGUCACUCUCUCGCUGAGAGAAAAGGUAAUUACUAAAAAUUUAUGCCAUUUCUGAGAGCUAUUCCUUAUUUUCUCAUGGUUUUAGCCACUGUAGUUAUCAUGAACAAACAAAAUUAACAGAGGAAACAGUUACUUUGCCUCUCCUGGCUGUGUUGCAAGGAGGAAUUUCUCUUCUGCAUAUCAGCACGGGGUACUUGGUGUUUUCCACAUAAGGUCUAAACUAAUAUCACAGCUGACAGACUGAAGGAGGAAGGCACUUAUUUAACAAAAUCAUUAAAGUUCUGUUAAACUUGUGUAGAAUCAGGAGGUAUAACAGCAUGGAGCUCAGUUUAGGCAUGGGAUUAGGAAAGCAGGCAGUGUGAAAGAGGAGCAGCUAAACAUAGAGAGGAGAGGUGUCUAUCAGUUUGUAAAGCCUUAUAAAAGGAGUCACAGUUAACACAGAGGAGAAGAGUACAGACUCUGUGGAGGAAAAAAUCUCAGAAUCUUUUUAGCUCCCUCUCCCUGCUACAGUAUUGGUACUAUUGUAUAUUAAACAGCUUUUCUUCAGUUUUCAAGGUUUAGAAUGAGGUAACAGGCUUCUACCAGUAUUCUGAGGAGACUCUUCCACCAACAGGACACUGUCACUGUGUUCCUAAUUAUACUGGGUUUCCUAGUGUUGGAUUAAAAUGGAAAAAUCUGCUAAAAGUGUAAAGAAGAGUGAAAAUUAAAGGAGAGACAGCAGGGAUGAAGAUAUCAGUCAAAGUGCAAGGGGAGCAUGGAGCAGGAGGUGGGCUGAUGAGGGUUGAAAACCUGACUGUCAGGAGGUAGCAGAAGAGCAUUCAGAGCAGGCAGAAGGGACUGGAAGCAGGAAGGUGAGGAGAGUCCAUGUAUGCUGAGCAAUAAGACAUUCACUUUAGGAAGCGGAGGAAGGCCCGUGAUUUCUUUCAUGAAGGAGCCAGAUGGGGAGGAGCUAUGAUUUGUUAGCGAAUGGGGCAUAUUAAUUCCUUCUUUGCAACCAUUCCUUCUGGUGACAGAGGACAUACCUCCUCUGAGGUAUAAUCUGCUUAGCUGUGCAAGUGCCAUGCACUUUCCUCUAAAAAUUGCUGCCAGCCCUGGGGGAAGAAACCCCUGUGGCUGCCCAGCAAGGAGUUAAUUAUCACACACACCUCCAUGUCAAAUUCAAUCUUCCUUUAGAAAAGAAGUGUGGAGGAAGAGGGGCAGGAACAACCCUGCUCUCUGUGGUUGUGGAUGCGUGUAGGUGUGCACACACCUUUCUGUUAUGUAGCUACAUUGCAGUUCUCUGGGUUUUGCAGAGCUGUUCCAGGUGAUGAAAGUAAAAUACCAGUGAGAAAGUAAAAAUAAUGAGGAAUAAUAAAGCUGCAAAUGGAAAUCAGUAGGGAGAUAGAAAAGUUUUUUCUAUGACAGCACAAAAUCUCACAUCAGAUUUCUUUCUGCCAAGCCUUUCUAUCUGGAUGAUUUGUAUGGGUUCACAAAUGCAUUUGACACCAUGGGAGUGUGUAACAGAGAGAAAAAACAUUCUGCACAGAGGAUCUUACAAGAACAACUGCGUCAUCACCUUGAUGUUUCAGUUUGUGGCAGGGUUAAAAAAAAAGAACCGAACAUCUAAAUUAGAAACACACUUUUGUUGCUGGGUUUGCAAUCAGUUUAUUCUGUAAGUCCCUUGUCUAUAAUCUUGAAAAGUUUUGCUUUAAUUCUCUGUCAAUCCAUUCUCAUUAACUUAAAUAAUCUGAAUAUCUCACAGAAGUGAUGAAUAUUUCUACUUAAUUGCAAUGAAAAAUACUCAAAACACGGGACUUUAAUGCUCCUAUCAAUGAAAACAAUUUAAGUCUUCCAUGAUGUCAUUUACCUCACCUGUCCAAGGCAGGUGUGAGAUUUAUCUGGCAAAGAAAGAGAAAAAAAUCACAAAAGUAAAUCGGAGAUGUAAAUGCAAAAUCUACUUUCUUUUUUAUUCUCUUAUGGUUUGGGGUUUUUUUCUGAAAAGCUUGUGAUACUGAUUCCUGGAAGUGUGUGUAAAUAUUAAUCAGGUCAGUAAUUGGAAUAAUGAAAACAAACUGCCCUGUCCAACUUCCAGGAAGCUGUACAAAACUCAGAUUCCUCAAAACACAAACUAAAUCAUACUGUUUCCAAACCAGUCCUUAAAAUCUUGAGCACAGUUCCUCAUCUUUGCUCACAGAUGAUUUGGUUGUUAUAUGCUCACUUUUGUGCCUAUAAAAUCCCCAGCUCAUACAUCUCUGACAUCCAGAUGUAACUGAGAUGUGUUAUAGCUCAGGUUCACACUGGGGCCACUGCCUCAAGCCUUCCCUUGCCAAAACAUGGGAUGCACAGAACCCUGGAUGUGUCUGCAACUGAGGACUUUCAGUAUUUUUCCCCAAUACAGGUUUUAGCAGCCACAGUCAAGGGGUGCUAAAACCCUCUAAAACAUAUCUGUUUUAUGAAUAUGUCUGAAGUUGUGAGUGGUUUGUGCACCUGGCCUAAACUCCAUGCAGACACCCAGCCAGUUCACAGAGCUCUGCCCAAGCUCUUGCCUGCACUGUUGGACCCAGGAUUUCCUUACCACAUUAAUGACCCUGCAGUGCUGAAGGUGAGAUCCUGCACUCCAUUGCCCAUGCAUUACAAUAAGACCUUAACCUAAGGCACACUUCUAACCCAACCUUUGGCAUGAAAAGCAAGCCUCACUUGUAAACUGCAAUUGAUUUUGAAGCCUGAUGCUUUCCUGAGGAUUUACCAUGGCAGCAAUACAUUGAGGUACAAAAUAGCUAUUGUGCCCCAUGUCUGUUAACAGCCCUUUCUCUGACUCCAGCCAGCAACUUAAAUGGUAUUAAAUAUUAUUUAUAUAUGCCCUUUCCAGAAAUAUCUGUAUGAAAAACAUCCAUUUUAAGCACAUACAUUAAAAAUAUUGUAUUCCUCUGCUAGCACUCGACCUCCUGAGUAGUCAUGAUUUCUACCAAGUGCUACUUUAUUUGUACUGACCGAGAGACUUAGAAAACUCAAACAUUUGAGGCUGUAAAUAAAGCUACUAGGCUAACUAAUAAAACCACCUAGUGAUCACUGAAUAAUUUGGACAGCUUUUAGUAUGGCUCUAUGCUUCUCCUUAAUCCCUUUUUUUGGGGUAUUUGUAGACCUUGGAGAGAAGAAAUGUCUCCAAAAAUUGGCCAUUCCUAGAUAGACAGAUGAUGUUCUCUGCACAUCAGAAGAUGUUAUUUUCUCUUUAGUUGCUCUAGACCUCAGGAGUUUGCUACAUCUGAUCUCCUUUUCAGUUUUAAAUAGGGAAUGUUUUACUUUGAUGUGUGUGCAUACACACCUCAUUAGCACUAAAGAGAUUUGAAGAGUUCAUGUAAAAUAAUUAUUUUAACGUGUUUCAACAAGAGAGUACAUUGUCCUCUUUUCUUCAGGGGAAAAAAAAAAAAAAAAAAAAAAAAAAGUGUGUGACAGAGAUUCUCAGACCAAACAAAGCCUUUUGGAAUAACUAAAGAUUACAGACUGAAACUAAAUUAUCCACCAUAGGAAAAAGAGUUUUGCCUUUCAAGAAAUGCUGGUAUAAAAGCCCCAAUAAACAUGUCUUUGCCAGGCAUCCUAGAUGUCUUUCAAGUCAUAGGUUAUGUACCCAGCUGGCUGUAAGAGCUGCUUUUGGAGACUUUAUUACCCCUUGGACAGUAUCAUUUGCUAGACUGCAGCUGAAAACACGUUUGUCCAGAGAACCUACACCAGCUUCUGUCAGAGUCGCUGGGGGCUGUUGAGGAUAUUCUUAGCAGUUCCCAGAUCAUUGACCUGCUCUGAGCCAUUACAAGUUUAUUGCAUUAAUUUAUCUGUCAGCGGUUGGCAACUCUCAGAAACCAGUUUAUUACAAUACUGAAGAUAAUAUUUCUGGUGCAGGCAACAUGAUUAAUUGAGAAAUCAAUCUUAUUACUUUUGCCAUAUUUUAAAAAAUAUAUCUACUAGUUAUACUGGAAUAUAAGCAGGUUAGUUGUAGGUGUUGUAGGGCAACUGCAGGAUGUUUUAGGCACAAGGCAUUUUGACUUGUACAUGUCUGUUUAAGAAUUGUGGGAUCAUGUUACACUUGUUAAAUGGUAAAAGAAAAAAAAAAAGAUUCUUGAAUUAAAAAAAAACAAACAAACAAACAAACAAAAAAAAACAAACAAAAAAACACAACAAAGCAGAAUGGAAUAAUCCGUCACACAGUUGGGUUUUAAAUUAUCUCUUUUCUAUCCAGUUUAAAAUAUGAAUAUGUGUCUACCAGAGAGUAUCAGUAGAUGUGGAAAAUAAGAAAUAUAUAUCAGGAAUAUACUGGUUCAAACUGUAGCCUAAAUAGCACCUCUGUUCCCUAAACUGCUUCAGCAAAUGCCAGAUUUUACCUCAUUGUACCUGUGAGAUAACAACCCUCCUCCUAGUAAUGUGUGGGUGCAGCUUAAGGUGCAGCAUCCCAGUGGAAGCAGCAGGAGACAUUAGUUCUUCCAAAGGCAGCCUGAUAUCUCAGUGCAAGAGAGGAACAUGUAGCUCUGGCAGAAUGAGAGCAGUCCAGGACUAAUGACACAGGAACAAGGGCUUGCCAUCCAGCACUGCCAGACUAAAUUUUGACGGCGGCUGUCAGCACAGUUCAGUUUCAUGUCCCUGACUGUGGAAGGAGGCUCCCCUCAGGGUGAGUCACUCGAGCUGAGAUUGGAGCCCUGGAAGUGGGUUUUUUUUCAUUUCAUUAAACACAGAAGAAACAUGCUAAAUUAAAACCCCUCAGUGACAGGUUAAUGGUAGGUGGUGGGUGCUGAUGCUCCAGGAAAAGACAGGAAAUGCUAUUAGAGAUAGAAAGCUAGUCAUGAUGGUCUCUGUUAAAUCCUCAGGAGGCAGAAAUGCACUGUAGAACUGAAGUGGGAGUUUUUUUGUUCCUUUUCAAGUAAAUGUCAGGCGUUGUCAUUAGUCUUCUGGAUUUUGGGGGCAAGCCUAUUCAGUGCCUUACUGAAGGCUAGUGGCUUUCUGGCUUCUGAGCCAUUUACAUCAGUGAGUUCCACAUUAUUCUAUGUAGUGUGAAAAAGGUAUUCCCCUGAACUGUUUUUGGGUCAGAAACUUUUCCUUCUUUCAGCCACUUUGUGCUCAAUCCAAGGAAGCAGAAAGACCUACACUUUCCAGGCCAUGUUUUGCCUUUCCUUCUUUUAUGAGAGCAGAGGAGAUCUGGCUUUGCUUCCACUCCAAAGUAAAUUAUCCCAGUAUUUUAUUCUUCUUUUCCUGUUGCAAUUCUUCCACAGCUUAGGUCAUUCCUAUCACCUUCAGUGUUUCCAGUGGCUGUUCUUCCUCAAUACCUAGAGCAAAAUAUCUGGUCCAGUUUCAGUAAGUUUAAAAUCCAGAAAUGUCUUCCCCCUUCCUUGCAGUUCCUCCUGCAGAUACUGUCUGUUUCUGCUGUCCCCUGUGUCAAAACAGCCUUCAUCACUAUCUGGGGGGACGGGGACUCUAGUCCUGGCCAGCCACCUCUUCCCAGUCUCCCGGCCUCAUCUGCCUUCAGUUUUGGCUCAGGCACUGCCCUUAAUAGUCACAUCUGCAGACAGGAGUGUGAGGGUAUCACUUAACAAACAGUUAUUAAUAAUGAAAGCCUAGCUUUUAGCAUUGUUCAUAGCCUGCCCAGAGCAUUUUUGUCUUCUCCUCUCUAGGCAGGUUUUGAUGUGUAAUCCAAUUACUGUGUGCAGAAAUUGCCCCUCAGUCAGUGCAGAGUGCUGGUGGUUCUCUGUUGCCCUGGCAUUGUCACUGCAGGGGUAAGAGCUCCCAGGUGCUGCUCAGCCAGGGUCUGUGCUCUUGAGCUGCCAGGAGUGUUCCACUGUUGUUGUUACAGACCCUAAAUAAGCCAGAGCACUUUUUUUCUGACCUGGGGUAAAAAAAAAAAAAAAAAAAGAAAAAACUAAAAUGAUCGCUUUUAACAAAUUGAUUUCACAACUCAUUUAUCAAGCCCUAUAGCAAGCCAUUUAUUUUAGCUCCUUUUUGCUCCAUGAAAAGCUGUGUGUUAAAAGGGAGAGGUGAGUUUGGAGAGCAGUGCCACCUCCCUCUGCAGUACUUUGCUGGGAGGCAUCCUGCUGGAACUCAGGGAUAGGAGCUGUUAUUUCUCCUGAAGUGAUUCCCACCUUCAAAAUCAAAUUAUUUCUUUUGUCAAGUCGAAUAAGCACUGAACACCACAGACUUUGUUUCACUACAGAUAUUAAUGAAUGCCUCUGUAUGGUACUUUCAGUUGCCAUGAAAUAUAUAUAUAUGUAUGUGUAUAUAUAUAUGUGUGUAUAUAUAUAUGUGUGUGUGUGUAUAUAUAUGUAAUGGGGAGCAUAAUUAUUGUUCUACUUAAAGAAAAGUGACAUUCCACUUCAAUGUAACUUUUAAGUACAGCUUUUAAGAGAAACUGUGUCUUAAAGAGAAACUGGAAGAGUUUAGAAGUGCAGGUUUUAAUGAGCUUUGAUGAAAUUUAAUAAGCUUUGAGUCUAGGUUUUAGUCUUCAGGGUGAAAAGCACCCAAGAUGAUUUUUCCAUCACAUUCCAGAUCAAAACCCCUAAGAAUUCAACCUGGGAAGCAUUGCUUGAACACUGGCUCUUCUUGAAGGUGUUUGGAUGUUGCACAGGUUACGUGUGUGUCUGUCCUCAAACUCCAGCCUCCAUUUUGUACUUGGGUUUGACUGGAAGGCAAAAGAGACACCUUUGUCUUGCUCCAAGACCCUAACAAUAAUUUUUGCCUUAGUAGAUGUUUUCACUUUGAUCAGACUCUUUCAACUUUUUUUUUUCCCUUUUAAUUUGUGUUAACUGAGUUUAUGGGGUGAUUCUAGGAGGGCACACUCCAUCUGCCCAGCCUCAGAGCUUCCCUUCCAGCAGCAUACCUUCUUCUCAUUUAUUUACUUGAAUGUACUGGACCACUGUGAAGCAAUUACACAAGCAAUAAUGCAGGUGUUGCAUUUUUCUGUCACUGCCUUUCGUUCUUACAUAACUCUCCAUUGAUACUGAAAAGUGGUAGGAGACCCAGAAGUUGCAUUGUUGUUUACUGGCAGUAUAACCCAUGUCCAGUGUUCCUACAGAGGUCCUCUCUCCUCAGAGCAUUGGGCUGUCUUGGGCCCAGUUCAAUUCAUUAGCCUGGAUUUUGAACAGUUUUGGAUCCCUUCACCAACACUCCAUCAAUCUUGCUUCCAUCAGUUUUAUGCUUUUGUUUCGCUUCAAGCUAGAAGAAAGUUUAAAGAAAUGUGCUAGGACUCCCAUAUAGGGUGAGUAAAUAUCCCAUUUAUUUCACAAAAAUUGCAACAAAAUAAAGGAAUUCGCUCUCACAUUGAACAGAAUUAAUAAGAAGUUCUAACUGAUAAAUUAAAUAGUUAUUAAGAACAACCUGGAGAAAAGUUUCUGCAAUCAAACUGUUCUCUGUCUUUAAUUUAAAAAUCAACAAAUACUGAGGUACAUUUUGCCACCUUCUUUUAGAAGUGACCUGAAAAAAAAAAAAAUGAAUUCACCUUAACAGGAUGUUUAUUGAUGUGAAUCUAUAUUUCAGCAGCAUUUCCUGUGUUAGAUCACCCGCCUGUGGGCACAGGGAAAACCAAAGGCUGUUCACAAGAGAAACUCAUAUUAUUAAUGGUUCUAAAAUUCUUCAGAGCUCCUAUCCAAAUGUCAGAAAUGAGGAGAAAUCUUUCUGUGAACCCUGUCAUUUUUCAUGUUGAAAUCCUGGCUUGAAUUCAGGUCUCCGCCUCAGCUUUUGUAAAUGUUAAUAUUCAAGUAGAACAAAAACCUUAGAGGCAAUUACAGCAUGAACAUCUCUUCUUGUUUAUGUAUAGUAGCUGAUAGCAAAGUCUGCAAUAAUCUGUGUUUAUACAUGUGCUGUACAAUGUAACAGUUGGGCACAAAAUACCUUUUAACUGUCACAAGAAAAUAACUGGAUUGAUGUCACUUUUUGCUUGUAUGAAUAUAGUUAUUUGCCUUGCGGGGACCAGUUCCACUUUUGUCAUGUUAUUUAUGAUUUUUGAAUACAGUUGUGAUAAAUUAGGCUCGUUUCUAAGGUAAACAAUACUGGAGCCAAGCAGCUGUCUCUGUACCAUGUGCAUGUUAUCUCGGCUGAUAUCAAGUCCAAGUCAGACUCCUUGCUUUGCUUGGACCUUUCUUUAACCUUUCAGGCUUAUUCAGGGAAAUGUGGACCACUCUAUUUUCUUACUAAAAAUAUGGCUUUGUGAAAAGCUGAACUUAUUUUUUUAAAUCCUUUCUUUUCUGGUUCAGAAAGACUGUAACAAUCAUAUUUUUCUAAACUGCCUAUUGCUUGUGUUGGGAAAUUAUAUAGAGAUAUAUAUUUUGCUCUACAGAUUUCCAUGUACUUUUGGAACUCUUUGUUUUCAUAGAUAAAUCCUCCUAUUUGCUAGAAUUAGCUCAAAAAGCUGUAAGCUUCUGUAUACUGACUCUGUGAAAUUCUGUAAAAACACAGCUGCAUCAAAAGGCUGACUCUAUGUUUUAUGUAAAUUGUUAGAGCUAAGUCAUCCUUAGUGUUAUGCCACGCAAGAUGUAUGAAAAGAAAUCAGGUCAUUGUUUUGAAAGGCUGGACAGUGUUAGGUCACACUGCCUAAAAAGUCCCAGAUGAAAGUCAGGAGAGUUUAUGCUAGAAAUGGUACCAUUUUGGGCCCUGAAUCUAUAGCUUUUUUACACAGUUUAGAGCCUUAUUUCAAAAUUAGUCCCAUGAAACUUCAUGGGAAAUAUUAAAAAUAAGAGCCUGUGGUAUGUGAAUAGCUAUGCUAGAAUAAGGACCUUUUCUAAUGAAGAACAGGGCCCUUUAAGUAGUUUAGAGGCUAUGAUUUGAGUAUUUCAGGACAACUUUUUGUGUUCUUUUCUGAGCUGUGGAUUCCUCCUGUGUAUUGUGGAUUUAUUCCACAGCCAGAAUGCCAGAUUAAAUUGAUUGAAGCCCCAUGAGCAGAUGAACAUAAUAGAAAGCUGCAGUGAAAUAUUGCAGAAAAUGGCCUGAUUUCAUUCUUCAGAGCAAUAGUUAAAGUAACUCAGCCUUGGCUUCUUUGCACCUGUGAAGCAGAGACCCUUGUUUUGUACCUCAGCUGUGGUAUAACAUGGAAGGAUUUCUGCUCUUUGCUUGGAAAAUACUGUCUAUUCCUCAUCCUUGUCAAAGCAUAAUGUUUCCCAAGUAAAAAAAUCUGAUUCUUCAAGACUCAUAGGGGAGUUAAGGGGCAGCUGGAACCUUCUGUGAUCCAGCCACAUUAUUCCAAAAGUUUGUUCCUUGAUGAAAAAUAAAAUAUGAUGUGAGUUUGCUGUUUGCAAGUAGGAUCAAGAGACUGGAAAUUCAUCACCCCAAGCCCUUGCCUGUUCUGUGAUGCUCCACUGUUACCAAUGAACCGUGUUGAAUUGGAUUAUGAAAUCAGUAUUUUAUUGCAUGUGUCCUUUUUUGAAAUGAAAAUAUAGUUGUACUUGAUGUUGCAGUUAUAAUGCAGUAAAUAAACACAUGUGCAUUUCUUUUUAA